GUGAUUUUAGAUUGCUGAAUGCAACUUAAACUAAGAAAUGAUGAGCUCGGUGGUGAUUUCAGACUAAUUUCAGAAUAAAUGCAUGCUUCAUCAUAUAUAGCAGUGCACGGUGGACUUUAACAAAGUUUUUUGCACCGAUAUCAAACAGCUUAGCCAAAGGAUAAUGAAUAGUAUAAAACUGGCAUCGAGCGAAAAUGGGAAGCGCCCGAGGUUGCGUUCCCAGCUGCUGCUCGAUGUUCAAAAGGGAUGGGCUUGUGUGUCGGUGUGUUUUGGGAGAAUUGCUACGAGCAGGCAAUCUGAGUCUGUUUGUAAUUUCUCGGCACAUAGCGACUUGUGUCACUGUGUCUGUGAGAGACCCCACACAGUGAUCGUUCUGAUGCAAGGCAACAUGAAGUUUUGGCUGGGAGUUUCAUUUUGCUUGCUGAUCUGUAUAGGAACUUUUGCCGAGGCUUACCCGCCCAAGCCCAACGACCCAGGAGAAGGCGCUUCUGCUGAGGAUCUGGCCAAAUACUACGCCGCACUGAAACACUACCUUAACCUCAUCACCAGGCAGAGGCAUGGAAAGAGAUCUAACCCUGAAGCUCUGAUCACUGAUCUGCUGCUGACGGAGUACUUAAAGUUCCCCUAAAUACAGGUAUGAUGAGCCUUCCAUGUGGUGAUUGGAAAUAGAAGUUUUAUUUAAUGGGAUUCCCAUUUUAUCGUCCAUUACUGUGGAAAUGCAACAUUCUCCAUGUUCUCAAGACCCUCAUUUUAUAUUCAAAGAUCA